AUGACAAUGAAAUUGAGGGCUGCCAUUAACUUUCUUUUGCUAACAUGCGCUUCAUGGUGCGUUUACUCUGAUGAUGAUCGUCUUCAGGUGAACAUGACACUGGUUCAAAAUGCUUCGGCUCAAGGAGCUGUUUGUUUGGAUGGAAGUUUGCCUGCUUAUCAUCUUCACAGUGGAUUUGGUGAUGGAGCAAGCAAUUGGCUUCUAGAGUUCGAGGGUGGUGGGUGGUGUAAUGAUAUUAAGUCGUGUUUGGAGAGAGCCCAAACGCUUCUUGGAUCAACAAAUUACAUGAACAAGUCCGAAGUCUUCUCUGGAAUCCUCAGCAACAACGCUUCUCAAAACCCAGAUUUCUACAAUUGGAAUCGUGUGAAUCUUAGAUAUUGUGAUGGAGCCUCUUUUGCUGGGGACUCCAAGUUCGACAAUGGGACAUCAUUGCUUUACUUCAGAGGGCAAAGGAUCUGGCAAGCAAUUAUUCUUGACCUUCUACCUAAAGGUCUGGGCAGUGCAGCAAAGGCUUUGCUUUCGGGGUGCUCUGCUGGUGGUCUGGCAUCUUUCUUGCACUGUGACAACUUCACCAGCUAUCUACCAUGCAAUGCUAGUGUAAAAUGUAUGAGUGAUGCUGGAUUUUUCUUGAAUAUAAGAGACAUAAGUUUGAACGAAACCAAAAAAUCCAUCUACGAUGACGUGGUUUCUCUACAGGGGGUACAACAGAAUCUGGAUGGAAAUUGCACGAGUUCUCGUAAUGAUCCAAAACAAUGCUUCUUCCCACAGUAUGCAUUGCCUUACAUUAAAACGCCUUUCUUCGUCUUAAACGCGGCAUAUGAUGUGUGGCAAUUUCAUAAUAUAUUGGUGCCCUCUUCUGCUGAUCCCGGUCGAAACUGGAGCCACUGCAAGCAAAAUCUGACAGCAUGUAGUUCAGACCAAAUAAAUAUUUUGCAAGGGUUCAGGAACGAUAUGCUUGGAGCUUUGAGUUUGUUCUACAAUUCGUCAAACAGCCGAGGGAUGUUUAUAAAUUCGUGUUUUGCUCAUUGCCAAAGUGAGUCACAGAACACUUGGUUCGCGCUCAACUCGCCAAGAUUUAACAAUAAGACGAUUGCAGAAGCAGUUGGUGAUUGGUAUUUCGGGAGGAGGGAGACGAAGGAGAUCGACUGUGCAUACCCUUGUGAUAAUACCUGCCAUACCAAGAUGAGCUGA